AUGAACACUUUCCCAAAACAAAAAAACAGUCUUCCAAUUCUCACAAGUAAAAGAAUUCGUGAAAUAGUGGAAUCUCCUACCCAAAUCAGUUACUCUACAAAGAUGACUCAGCACUUCGUAUCGCAAUCUCUUUCCUCACCAUUAAGUGCUAGAAGCCCAAAAUCAUUUCUCCCAUUUGUGUCAGAAAGAGAUUCAAAUGGUAAAAUUCUUCCGUUAAAGCCAGAAUUAUCUUUGCCUUGCUUGACGCCAACUCUGCGAAAUCCUAAAAGAGAUCCACCUUCAGAUCCUAUAUCUCCCAAAUCCUUAAACCGACCUUUACAAAGUAUCGGAGAAUAUGAAAGUCCAAGAGAAAACAAUAAAAAAUACCAAAAAACUUAUCGAUUAGCGUCACCAAGAAUAGUUCAACUUCCUGCUGUAGGGCUUUAUAAUGUCCAGUCACCUUUUGAUAAAAAAGAUUGGGGAUUUUUUACUCCAAGAGCAGACAAGUACCCAGAAGCCGCAAGAGAUGCAAGUCCAAGCACCGAAAUUGAUACAAUUACUGCUUAUCAAUUUAAAGAUAAGCAUAAUCCAAGUCCUAACUUGAAAAAAACGACAGGAAGAGGCAAAAAAUUCUUUGCUCCUCCCCAUCAUGAUAUGAGUGAUAUAUAUAAUACAAAGCUCCCUGAUAAAUUUUAUAUGAUUCAUCCAGCUAUGGCUGAGAUUGAUGUUAAUGGAUAUAUGCAUGAAAUAUGGAACUUAGAAAAAAGCAUUCAAGAAAAAUUCGACGACAUAAAAAAAUCGCAUAAACAGCUAAUGAUGCUAUAUUAA